UGGUAAAGAUUGCAACUUUUUAACAUUUUACCACAAACCCAAUAAUGUAUUUGCCUUGAUGUAUCAAUCUUACUCAGUUUUGGUACUUUUCUUGGCAAAGAUUGCAAAUUUUUAAGAUUUUACCACAAACCCAAUAAUUUAUUUGCCUUGAUGUAUCAAUCUGUACUCAGUUUUGGUACUUUUUCUUGGUAAAGAUUGCAACUUUUUAAGACUUCACCAUUAACCCAAUAAAGUAUUUGGCUUGAUGUAUCAAUAUUUACUCACUUUGUGGUCCUUUUUUCUUGGCAAAGACUGCAACUUUUUUGUGUCUCCAGAAAGAGGGUCUUGCAGUUAAAAGAUGAUACAAAAUUUUUGUACCUUCUUGAUGAUUAAAGCCAUGAUAUGUUUUUUCUGUGAAAUCUUGUGGUAGCGUGAUGGGUGAAUCUAUUGUGGAAAAUCCUGCUGGCAAGCACAAGAUGGGUGAGUCAGUUGUGUCUCGUCCUACACUUGAAGUGUCAGUUUCUUUUGGAAGGUUUGAGAAUGAUGCACUUUCUUGGGAGAAAUGGUCAUCUUUCUCCCCUAAUAAGUAUCUGGAAGAAGUUGAAAAGUGUUCAACACCUGGAUCAGUAGCUCAGAAAAAGGCCUAUUUCGAAGCACACUACAAGAAGAUUGCUGCUAAGAAGCUGGAACAAUUACAGGAGGAAACACAGCAAGUAGGACAGAAAAUGGAACCUCUAACUCCCAAAGUAGCUGAGCCCAAAUCUGGAGAUGAGACAGAAAAUGGAACCUGUAAUGGUGAUUUUAGUUCAUCCAAUGGUGAGGGAUUUCCUAUAGGUGAGCAGAAAAUGUCGGUGGUAGAUUUGAAGAAUAGUGAUGCAGUGGAUGAGCCAAAGGGGGAUCAUACUGUUGAUGUGGAGUGUGAUAAGUUAUUGGUUACCAAAGCUAAGGAAUUAACUAUCUCAGGUACUGAUGAGUCAAAGGAUGAUAUUUCUGCUGAUAUAGUGUGUGCUAGUUCAUUGGUUACUGAAGAUAAGGAAGUAACUAUAUCGGGGAUCGAUGAGCCAAAUGAAGAUAUUUCUGUUGAUGUGGAAUGUGAUAACUUAUCGGUUACUAAAAUGAAGGAAGAAACUGUUUUGGGAAUAUGUGAUCAAGGAGAUCUUCAUAAGGUUGAAGAGCAGAAUCCCGAAAAAGGAUGUCAAGAGAGUGUUGUAGAGACUCUACAAGAACAAAAAGCCUUUAUUAAGAGAAGCAAGACUGCUAAUGCAAAUGUCAAGAAUGUGCAUAAAAAGGUUCACACUGCAGAGGCUCGGGUAUCUGCUGGAACAAAGAAGAAACCGACAUUACCUGUGACAAAAUCCUCAAGAAUUUCCACUCCAACAUCUAAGGAAUCGUCAACUUCUAAGGUGAUAACUCCAUCUCAACCAUCAGAAAAGAAGGUGACUGGGGUGCCAACUCAAAGAAGUAAUAAUACUCCUUUGGCACAACGCAAGAAACUAGUUCCUGGGUCAUUUGUGUCGCCUUCUCAGUCCUCAAAUAAAAAGUUGAAUGGAGCAACGCCUGCUCAAUCUUCAAACAAAAAGUUGAAUGGAGCAACGCUUUCUCAAUCCUCAAACAAAAAGUUGUAUGGUGCAACAUCUUCUCAAUCCUCAAACGAAAAGAUGAGUGAUCUAACAUUGCAAAGGAGCGUAAAUUCUCCGGUGCUAGAGAACAAGAGGAUAGUUCCUACAUCAUUACACAUGUCUCUCAGUUUGAGUUCCCCAAAUCCUAUGGCUGCUACUAAUACAAUGAGAAAAUCGCUGUUCAUGGAGAAGAUGGGGGACAAGGAUAUUGUCAAGCGAGCAUUUAAGGCAUUUCAAAACAGUUUUAGCCAAGGAAGAUCUGCUGGAGAUAUGACAUAUAGUGAACAAGAUCAGGUGUUGUCAAAGGGAUCCGAGCAGAAGAUUUCAUCUUCUCUGACUCAGAAAGAGAGUGAGAGAUUAAGGAAGACGCCAGAUAAGGUAAUCACUCUAAAAGGCCAAUCAGGAACUUGUUCAACCUCUUCGUCAUCAGGGGCUCGUAAAGAUUCUGGGAUGGAGAAGAAAAAAGUGAAUUCUUUCAGAGCUUCUACUGGCUCUAGAAUUGAUAGAUCUACUGAUAAAUGGAAGGAGGAGGUUAAUAAAGCCAAGAUCAAGCGACCUGGGUCAAGUAGGUGAAAUCUGAAAGUGCACAUCUACAAUCGGGAUGAAAGCGUGAAAUUCAGCAUUGGCAUGGUGAUAUUUUGUUGAGGAAAUUCACCACUGGAUCAGCGGUGCACACAAGAUACUGAAACUGUUUUUUUGAAGAACUUACAUCUUAGGCAAGUCAUGCCCUGAAAACUGCUAACUCAGCUGCCCAUUCUCAUAGCGAUCUGGUGUAUUAACACUAUCCUCUUGUUAUUUUUGACAAUUAAAUUCCUGUUUAGUCAAGUCAUUUAGGUUUUAUUCUCUUAUAUUAUAUAGCUAAUAGCACUAGAUCUUGUCUCCCUUGUCUGUAAAAAUAUAUAAGCAGAAAAGUGAUCUCCAUGGCUUUAGGUUCCAUUGUAGUAUCAAAGUUAAUGUAUGAUGGGGUGAAAUGUGUUCUAUAUCCAAAGUUAAUUUUAUUUUAUAUGGCA